CCUUUCUGAAGGAUCAUUGUGAAGAAUAAAUGAGAUGAUGUAUAAACGGCACCAGCAUCCACUGAAUUAUUCAGCUCCCAACCCAGAAGCUAUCCUCAAUUCAGCUCUUUUCUUCACUGAUCUACAAAUCCAGUCCUUCAGCUAGUCAUAUUGGUUCAACUUCCAGAAUAGAUACCAAAUUCACCCAUUUGUCUCCAUUGCCGUUGCUACCACCCUAUUCAACAUUCUCUCUCUGCUGGACUACUUCCUAACUGAGUUCUGUGUUUGCUUCCUCCCCUCCAUACCCAGUUCUUCACAAAACAGCCAGAUUGGUCUUUUACAAAUGUAAAUCUGAUCAUGACACUUCCUUGCUUCCUAAGUACUUUGAUGAAAUCCUAAUUUUUUACCAUUACCUAUAAAACCCUGCAUGAUCUGUCCCCUGUUCUCUUUUAAACCCCAUCACAUUUCAUUCUCUUCCACAUUCACUAUAAUACAGCUACACUGGCCUGAUCUGGGCCUUUGCACUUACUGAUCUAUCUGUCUGGAAUGUUUUUUCUCCACAGAAAGGCAAUUGAGUAGGGUGGUUAAGAGCAAGAACUCUAGAGUCAAAUUGGUUUCAAAUCCCAGCUGUGCUACUUACUAGCUUUUUUGACUUGGACAGAUUACUUAAUUGCUGUACUUUGAUUUUCUUAUCUGUAAGAUGGGGGAUAAAAAUAGUACUACCUCAUAGGGUUAUUUUGAGGAUUGACUGCAUUAAUAUAUGUAAAAUGUUUCAGACAGUGCCUGACAUAUUAAAGUAUUCUGUGUUUGCUAUUACCUGAACUUUUAAAAAUUGAGAUAGAAUUGACAUUUUAGUUUCAGGUGUAUAAUAUAGUGAUUCAUAUUUGUAUAUAUUGUGAAGUGAUUACAGUAAGUCUAGUUAAUAUCCAUCACCAUACAUAGUUAUAUUUUUUUCUUGUGAUGAGAACUUUUAAGAUUACUCUCAGCAACUUUCAAAUAUACAAUAGUGUAUUAUUUACUGUAGUCACCAUGCUGUACAUUACAUCUCCAUGACAUUUACUUUGUAACUGGAAGUUUGUACUUUUUGACCCUCCUCACCCAUUUUACCCACCCCACCCCCUGCCUCUGGCAACCACUGCCUGAAUUUUUUCACAUGUUCUGUUUCCUGUUCAUCAUUCCAGUCACAGCUUAAGUGCCACCUCUUCAGACAAGUCUUCCCUCAUUACACUGUCUAAAAUAGUACUCUUUCAAACUGGCCAUUAUGUUACUGUUUCAUUAGUGUUUCAUUGUCUAUGUGGCAUUUGAUGUUAUCUGAAAUAAUUUUUUAAAAUGUCAGCUCUGUAAGAGCAAGGAUCUUGUCUUUCUGCUUUAUCGUUUGUAUCCCCUGAGUCUAGGAUAGAACUUGGUGCCUAACUAAAGCUCCAGAAUUUGUGUUGAACAAAUGAAUGAAUAAAAAUACAUUCUGGCAGAGAAUUCCCUGGCGGUUCAGUGGUUAGGAUUUGCGCUUUCACUGCCAAGGGCCUGGGUUCAGUCCCUGGUCGGGAAACUAAGAUCCCACAAGCUGUGUGGCUUGGCCAAAAAAAACCCAAAAAAACAAAAACCAACAUUCUUGCAUAUAUAGUGUCUGGCAUAUGAAGUGUCUGGCACGUGUGAUGGUAGGGUACUAGAUGGUAACACUGAUGCUGUGUGUCAGUCACCAUGGUAUUGAAGAUGAAGAUUUGAAGCUACCAUCCCUGCCCUUAAGUUCAGCUGAGUGGAGGAAACAGACACAUACAUAAGUGGGAACACUGCUAAAAGAAGAGGUGUGUCCAGAAUGCAAUUUGGGCUCAGAGGAAGGAGGGGGAGGCUAGAGUAGGCUUCAGAGAAGAGGUGACAUCCAAUGAGUAGAGGUGCCUGCUGGUUGUAGCCAGUGGCCACGUGUUGAGUGGGGCGGGGAAGGAUGGGAAGGGUAGUAGCCUGUUGACUGCUUCUCCCUUUCCCUACAGGAAUUUUUCACAGACAACCUAUGGGGCACGCUCCCUUGCUCAUGGCAGGAAGCAUUGGAUGGACUGAACCCACCACAGCUGGCCACACUGCUGCUGGGGAUGCCUGGGGAAGGGGAAGUGGCCAGGUACAGGUCGGUGUGGCCACUCACCCUGCUGGCCCUGAAGUCCACAGCCUAUGCCCUGGCCUUUACCCGGACGCCUGGGUUUCAGACCCCCUCAGAGUUCCUGGAGAACCCCAGCCAGAGUUCUCGACUGACAGCUCCAUUCCGGAAACAUGUCAGGCCCAAGAAGCAGCAUGAGAUUCGGAGGCUGGGAGAGUUGGUGAAGAAGCUGAGUGACCUCACAGGCUGCACCCAGGUUGUGGAUGUAGGCUCGGGCCAGGGCCAUCUCUCCCGCUUCAUGUCCCUGGGGCUGGGGCUGAGGGUGAAGAGCAUUGAAGGGGAUCAGAGACUGGUGGAGAGAGCCCAGCGCCUAGACCAGGAGCUCCUGCAGGCUCUGGAGAAAGAGGAGAAGAGGAACCCACAGGUGGUCCACGCUGGCCCUCGUCACCCCCCACACCAUGUGGUUAGGUGGGUAGACCCCAUGGCCCUGUGUGAGGAGCUUCUGCUUCCACUGGAGAACUCCCCUCAGAGUGGGGCCCGCUUGCUGCUCACAGGCCUCCAUGCCUGUGGGGAUCUGAGUGUCGCCUUGCUGAGGCACUUCUCCUGCUGCCCUGAGGUGGUGGCCCUGGCCUCCGUCGGCUGCUGCUACAUGAAGUUGAGUGACCCUGGUGGCUACCCACUGAGUCAGUGGGUGGCUGGGCUGCCGGGCUGUGAACUACCCUACAGGCUACGGGAGGGGGCCUGCCAUGCCCUGGAGGAAUAUGCUGAGCGGCUACAGAAAGCAGUCCCUGGCCUCCGAACCCACUGCUACCGGGCAGCACUGGAGACCGUCAUCCGGUGUGCGCGGCCCGAGCUCCGUCGGCCCGGCGUGCAGGGGAUCCCCAGGGUCCACGAGCUCAAGAUUGAAGAAUAUGUGCAGCAGGGGCUACAGCGGGUGGGGCUGGACCCCCACCUGCCACUGAAUCUGACUGCCCUUCGGGCCCACCAGGCCCAGGAGAACCGUGUGGUGGCCUUCUUCAGCCUGGCCCUGCUGCUGGCCCCACUGGUGGAGACAUUGAUUCUACUGGACCGGCUGCUCUACCUUCAGGAGCAGGCCCUGCCUUUCUCACAGGCUUCCAUGCCGAGCUCCUGCCCAUCUUCAGCCCUGAACUCUCUCCGAGAAACCUGGUUCUGGUGGCCACCAAAAGGCCUCUGGGUGCAGCCUUCUCUGUUCUGGAGACUGAAGACAGCUGACACAGCCUGAGGAAGGGCAUAUCUCAGACCUCAUUUGAAACUGCCAGGUACCACACUGGGUGGCAGAGUCUUCACCUCCUCAGUCAGACAACCAGCAUCCUGCAUCCUCCCUGGAAUCCUGGUUCCCUACAAACCUUCAGCUUCAUACCCUUUCCCUCCCUCUGUGUUAUGUAGUAUUAUGCAUAAAUUUAUUUUUAAUUUAUUAAAAAAAUUGAAACCUUUA